GUGGGGAUCAGGAGCUUGGAGAUGACGAGGAUUUGGAGAUCGAGGAUAGCGGGCGGCAGUGGACCAAUGACAAGUGCCCGCUGAGCAUGAAGGAGGUCCUGGAUCUGCAGCGCCCCGUGAAGGACCCGCUGGGUUACGUGUACGAGCACAGCGCCGUGAUGGAGUACCUGCGACACCACCCGCACGGACACAAACACCCGGUGGCAGGUGUGACGCAGCUGCUGCGCGCCUGUGACCUGGUGCCGGCUACCGAGGUGGAGCGAGCGAAGAAGCGGCGGCGACUGCAACAGAACCUGAUGGGCAGUGCUGCAAACAACAACAACAACAACCAGCAGCAAGAGGAGGAGAUUAUUGACGUGUAGCCGGGCUGUGAUGCUGGUUUGCUUGCGGCACAUGCGAGAGGGUGAGGCAGGAACGCUAAUGCUAAAACACCUGCCAGCAGGCUGGGGGGCGGAGAUGUGUGCCCGCCUUGCGAGGGUGGCGACACGGGAUGACUGGGUUUCGAUGACUGGAUUUACAAUUGCAUACCGGCAAUGCGUGGACGUCGUUUACACGCCUAACGGUAGGGUAUCUUGUUGUGGAUUUUGCUGCCCUCACGGGUGUUCAAAGAAGUCCCAACAUGCAACAUGGGCCCCGGGGGGCUUCCAGCGCGCCCGUUCAGCGCUUCAGACCUCCGCCCGCGUGUGGAUGUAGCAGGGAAGGCGUGUGGCACGCGGUGUAUACUGCAGACAGCGGUGUCAGCCCUGUGUUGUGGUGGUGUUAACACGUCGUGUUGUUGUUUAUUUACGAGCAAGUUUGCAACCAAUUGCACGG